UUUACUGUUGUAUUUGCCAAUAAGAGUAAUAUCAGGAAGAUAUAACUUAAUAAAAGGUUGGUAUAGCUAUUAAAAAAUAAUACUGUAUAUCAAUGUGUCUUAAUUUCGUAUGUUGUUGAUAACCAAGACAUUGACCCCAUUCUAGCUUUAUCGCGCUAUGAAGCUUUUAUGUUGUUGUUUCAUCAUGAGUGUCCCAUUAUGGGGGAUAAAAGAGACAUCCAGAUUUCACUAUAUUAUGUAUAUAUUCUAUUAUCCGUAAUUGUAGCCAUGCCGAAAAGCAAAAAGAAGACAAGUAAACCAGUGGUAGAGGAACAAACGUGUAUAAUACACUUGGCAUCUAUUACGAUAAAGGAUACCUUCACGUAUGUAAACGAGGAGCGGUACCGACGAUUGUGCGAGAUACGUGACAUAAGAAACGACUUCCCAGAUGAUUUUCCUUAUAAGUUUAAAGACAUCUGUCAAAAUAUUCCUGAAUUUUUUGACAGCACUAUCCAUGGAUAUCAUCGUGCUUGCUACACAAAAUUUUCAGCUCAUCUGAAACGACCAACUGACGAGAAAAGUUCAGACGGUACAAAGCGUUCGAGACGAAAAAUUAGUGCUUCGAAAAGUCAAAUCUUAUUCUCUCACCAUGAAUGCAUUUUUAAGUAUUCAUCAAUUUCUGAAUACCGAUGUUUAUCAGAGAAAAGGAGAUCGACCGUCAGCAGAGGUAUCACAUAUGUAAUGUUAAGUGUAUUCAAUCAUGGAGGAGGCCACACAGUACAAACUGCUGCGGAAGAAAGGCACGACGAAGAAGCUCUGUAUCAGAAUCGCAGCAGAUCUAUCGUCCAGAAAAUCUACGGAUGCUGCCAAUUUUUUUAAUGCCCAAGAUUGCUGAAGAGCAUACAGAUUUCACUUGGCUUUUCAUUAAAAGUGAUGAAUCAAACUUAACACCCAAGUUUUGGACUUCAGCAGACACAUUCAUCAACGAG